GAAGACGGCGGCGCAAGGCGGCUGUUUCAGAAGUACGCUGGCUACUCUGCCCACGUCAGGCGCAGCGUUUACUGCAGACCCGACCUAUGGCGAGAAGGACUGCGCGAGACCGUGGAGGCAGACUGGCCAGAAUAUAGAGGUUGCAGUUUGAUGCUGUGCCGACCCGCGUAUCAGAAGAGCUGCUCGCUGAGUCCGGAGGAAUGGAAAGCCUGUUUCCUGGAGGAGGACGUCGAAGAGCUACAGCGGCGCAAACAACAUCACGUCCACCUGCCUGGCCCCAACGGACAGAGACAGCCCUUGGCCCACUGCCAAGACCCGCGGGAUCCGUCCAAGUGCAAGAGCGGCUUUCCUAGGGACAACGCUCUCGUGGAUGAGGCGGUCUUGGUGUGCCUAGGCCUAGGUCAACAAUUCGAACUGCCCGUCAAAGGCAAGCGCAGCUUGCUCGGCGCUUGCUGGGGCCCAAUGAACGAGCCGAAUCUCAACGGAAACCACCCCGCCUUCCUCGCGGCGCUGAGAUGCAACGGGGACCUGCAGCUGCCUUACCGUUUUCCCGUCACCGUCCAGAACCACAACGACGCCCUCUGCAAAGAGAAUUGCGCGGGGGCUCGAUCAAUCCGGUCCAUGAUCAGGGAGGCGCAGCUGAAUCAGGCGGCGCAGGCUGGAUAUAGCUGCGACUAUGGCAACAAGCGACUGCCCAUCGCCCGAGCCGAGAUCCAAGAAUGGCAGCGAGGACAGCGCGAUCUAGCGGCAGACCUGGAAAACAAACCCGUCGGCUAUCUCGCGGCUCGAAGCAACAAGAGGCUGAUCACGGAUAUCUACUCUAGGGGUGUCUGCCGCGGCGCCGUGGAAUGCUGCAACCUGAUCGUCAACUCUGGCAAGAACGACCCGACCUCUGCGGAGACGAUUAAGACGGCCCCCGUGACGGAUAUUUCGCUGUCCUUCGGCUUGCGGCUGAUGGAGGUCGCGGCGACCGGCGAGCCGUGGCCUGUGGAGCCGCGGCGGGAACAGCCGGACAAGCGCGCCUUUGGGCUGCGCCAGACCGUCUCCCGGCCGGCCUUUUGGACUUUCUACGGAUCGCGCGGUCGUGAUCCUCGAAUCUUCGAGCUGUCCGCCUUUGAGUUCGCCCGCCAUUUCCAAUGCGCCGUGGCCAAGCACCCCCGCAAGGUCGCGGAUUUGGGCUACGAAGACGAAGUUUUUCACGCCUACUUGACUGACGAGGGCCAGAAGCUUCUGAAGCGCUUCCGACACGCCGCGCUGUUGCCGGGAGUGCACUACCGCGUCAAGGACGCCGGCGGCGCAGAUUGGGUUGCCCUAAGCCACGGCGCGCUAGGGCAAACGUUCAGGCAUGAUUGGGUGGCGGCCCUGCGGCGCCGGCCCAACGUCCCUGUGGUUCAAGGCGCCUUAGGCAGCCGCUGCGACGAGGAUACUGCCAAGAAGGUGCUCCUACUGUUCUUUCCCUGGACAAACGAUCCUUCAGAAGCUACCUCUCGCGUGCCCUAUUUGAGCAGCUUCAAGGCCCCGGGCGUCAAGACCUGGAGACACGCGCUGCGAUUCCGCCUGCUGCGAGACGGGUUCCCGACCGAGGAGGUCAAGCAGUUUGCGCAAAACUUCUGCUUCGUCUACGGCCUGCCGCGAGAACUUCAGCCGAGCGACAAGCUGGAGGCGUGGCUCGAAAACAGCGACAACGAGUUCGAAGACGAGCCGAUGGAGCUGGAGGAGGAAGACCUCCUGGCGGCGCAGGCCACGCGCAUCAAAGGCGCCGCGCAGCCGGGCGAAGCUGGGGGAGAAGAGGAAGAAGACGCCGAGGCAGAGACGCCAGAAGACGCGACCGCCAAGGCGCAGCGGAUCGCCCGCACGGAGCAGAUGUUCCAGCUGUCCAAGGAAGUCUGGGGCGGGGCGGCCGCGUCCGGCGAGGGCGACCCAAGCUUCGCCCAACACUAUGCCGAUAUGGCGGCCAAGCAGGCCGUGGAAGACCACGACGAGCUCGAGGAGGCGGCCAAGGCCUCCCGCGCCAAGGGGGCCGGCCUGCUCGGGUGGCUGGAAGCCAAGCGGCCCAACCUAAACGCCAAGCAGCAAGAAAUCUUGGCGCUAGUCGUGGAGCGGGUUCUGAUCGAGUGUGGCCUGCUCGCGCCGGAAGAGUCGAGUCGCCAAAGCGGCGAGCCCUUGGUGUGGCUUUUACACGGGCCUCCGGGCGCGGGAAAGUCUCACGUCCUGAAGUACUUGAGGGAACUCUUCGAAGAGCAGCUCGGCUACGUCCAAGGCAUCGACUACGAGGUCGCCGCCUUCCAGGCUGUGAACGCCGCGGACAUCAAGGGCAAGACGAUCCACAACGUCUGUGGUUUGAGCGCCGACUGGAAGGCCGUCGACCGCGCCGUCAGCAAGGAGGUGGCCAAGCGGAUGGGGCUCUGGCGCUGGCUCAUCAUCGACGAAGUCAGCAUGGUGAACGCCCGGCUCCUGGCGCAAGUGGAUCAGCGCCUGCGCAGCGCGGUGCCAGACGCGGCGGCUUGGAAGCUCGACCCCGUGAUUAACUCCUCCCGACCCUUCGCGGGCAUCAACGUGCUCUUCACCGGGGAUUUCUAUCAACUGCCUCCGCCUAGCGGGGCGUACUUGGGCGACGUCCCCUACAAUCGGCGCCCGCGAGCGCCCGACGACUUGACGGCCCCGGACCCCUUGGCGGACUAUGGCAGGGAGCUGUUCUGGGGCGGCGCCGUCCAAGGCGUCACCGAGUUGGAGGAGCGGGAGAGAUGCAAGGACGGCUGGUGGAAUGCAGUUGUGGACGAGCUACGAGCCGGGCACCUCUCGGAGCGCAACUGGAAAUAUCUCCAUGGGCUCCCGGUGGAAGGCUGCGCCCUGUCCGACGAAGAACGGGCGUCUCGACGACGAGUCGUCGCGGGCCACAGCGACCCGCGGCUCCAGGAAGCCAAGUUCAAGCAGGCGCCAGUCAUCGUCGCGAACAACGACGCCAAGUUUCAGAUCAACAAAGACCGCGCGCUGCGCUAUUCGAAGGAGUCGGGCGCGCCGCUGCGGUGGGCCGCCGCCGCUGACAGGCCGGGCUUGGCGCUCUUGCAGACUCAGGCCUGCGACAAGGCGGCGAGGGUCCGUUGGCUGCAAUACCAUGACAGGGACACUGGAAACCUGUGUGGAAUGCUACCGCUUGCCGUGGGCAUGAAGGUGGCGCUGACAGAGCACUUGGACAGGUCUGAAGACAAGCUCCUUCUACGCGGCGCGACGGGGUUCGUGCAUUCCUGGCGCUGGCCUCCUGGCGCGCGGCAGCCUACCCACGUCUACGUGAAGUUUCAAGGCGCGGAGUGGCAGCUCGAAGGCGCGCCCGAGCCGGGCCUCUAUCCGGUCACGCGGCAAACCAAGGUCUGGUUCCUGGACGGCGGCAGGCCCAAGCCCGUGCUGAGGAUCUCCCGAACUCAGAUCCCGCUAGUGCCGGCCUACGCCAUCACUGCCCACGGGAGUCAGGGUAAGACCUUGCCGGCGGCCAUGGCCGACUUCAACGUGGACAGGUGGACGGACAUCACCUUCGGAACCGUGGCCGGCAGCCGCGUGAGGAGCCGUGAAGAUAUCCUCAUUUUGCGGCCGUUCCCGCUCUGGCUCUUCCAGCGGGGUGCGCCAGAGGGGCCAGAGUUGCUGCUGAAGACUCUCCGAGGUGAAAAGAUUGAUUGGGUCAACUACCGCGAGGCCCGCGCGCCCAGCGCGCCGUGCCAACAAUGCAAAGUGGUUAAGCCUUUCGACUACUUCGCGGACGCCCAGUGGGACAAAGCCAGAGCCAACCUGCCUGCCACUUGUCUGACUUGCAUUCAUAAGGAUGGAGGCGCCUGCAAGCGCAAACUGCCUUCCAAUGUUGAGCGGCUGCGCUGCAUUUGCUGCGGCUUCGAGAAAGUGGAGCACGCGUUUCCCCGAGCUCAACUUCGGCAGCCUCGUGCAGAAGAAAGGCGAAAUUGCAUCGCGUGUUUGAAGAACGUCUCGGAGUUGACUUGCUCGCAAUGCGCAGAGGUGAAGCCGCUGAAGGAGUUCCACCUAUCUGCGUUGACGCUGCCGUGGGCGGCCGCGUGUCAAAGUUGCCAGGACGCGGUGCGCGGCAAGGCUCGUCGGCUCCGGGCCGGAUGGGAGAAGUGCCGAGGCUGCGCGGCUUUUCUGCCCACGUCUUCUGCCGUCUACAUCAAUCAACGCUGCCCCAACUGCGCGGCAGAUCGCAAAUGGGGCGAACAUACUUGUCUCAGAUGCAAGAGGAAAUGGAGCGAGAAUUCGGCGGAAGAACAGAUCCGCAAACGAUUCUGCCCGAAUUGCCGCUAG